CCACCAUUGAAAGCCAUGAAUUUUGAAUUUGAGAGGGAGAUUGGGUUUAUAAACAGCCAGCCAUCGCUCGCCGAGUGUCUGACUUCCUUCCCCGCUGUCUUGGAGACAUUUCAAACUUCAUCAAUCAAGGAGUCGACAUUAAUUCCUCCUCCUCCUCCUUUCGAGCAAACCUUCCCCAGCCUCCAGCCCGGCGCCUCCACCCUUCAGAGACCCGGGAGCCAAAGGCGAGCCGAAGAUGGCCCCGCUCUGCCGCCGCCGCCGCCGCCGCUCCCCGCCGCCCCCCUGGCCCCCGAGUUUCCCUGGAUGAAAGAGAAGAAAUCCGCCAAGAAACCCAGCCAAUCUGCCACAUCUCCUCCGGCCGCCUCCUCCAUCCCGGCCUCCGGGGUCAGCUCGCCCACAGCAGAUAGCCAGGGGCUGGCGGACGCGGCCGGCGGCGGGGCGCGCAGACUGCGCACGGCUUACACCAACACGCAGCUGCUGGAGCUGGAGAAGGAAUUCCACUUUAACAAGUACCUGUGCCGGCCGCGCCGCGUCGAGAUCGCGGCCUUGCUGGACCUCACCGAGAGACAGGUCAAAGUCUGGUUCCAGAACCGGCGCAUGAAGCACAAGCGGCAGACGCAGCACCGAGAACCGCCCGAUGGGGAGCCAGCCUGCCCGGGUGCCCUAGAGGACACCGGCGAGACUGCCCGGGAACCCGAGGCCAGUCCCUCCACCAUGCGGGCGGCACGGGGAGCCUGCUCUCACCCGCCCGAGGUCGUGCCAUGCCCCCAGGGCGCCCCGGCUUUGGCCUCUCGAGGGGAGGGCGUAGGAGCGCCGAGCCCCAGCUGCGCCCUGCGCAGGGCCGGCGGGCUGGAGCCAGAACAGUCGCGCGAAGACGCCUUCCCAGAGCGACAGGAUUCGCCUUUUCUGCCCGACCUCAAUUUCUUCGCUGCCGACUCCUGCCUCCAGCUGUCCGGAGGCCUCUCCCCCAGCCUGCAGGGCUCGCUUGACAGCCCUGUUCCCUUUUCCGAGGAAGAGCUGGACUUGUUCACCAGCACCCUCUGUGCCAUCGACCUGCAGUUCCCCUAACCUUCCCCUCCCCGCGGCAUUCCUGUCCCCCAGAACCCUCCCCUCGGGAUCCCUCACCCCCCAUGCGGUUUAGAGUUCUUUAUGUGUUUUGCUAAAAUUCAGGUGUUAUUGAAUUAGCGUUUAAUCCAUUUCCUCUCUUCUCUAAAAUUUUGGGCACUGGUGCGUCUUUUUGAAAUCACACAGAAAAAUUCCGUUUGGUAGACUCCUUCCAACGAAAUCUCAGGAAUAAUUAAACUCUAGGGGGGCUUUCUUUAAAAAGAACUAGAGGAACCUAUUUUCCUCUUUUUUUUAAGUUUUAGACCGUAGAUUAUUUAUUAAAACUCUUUAAUAAUAGGAAAAGGGGAGAGUAUUUAUUGUACAUUAUUUUCAUAGAUUAAAUAAAUGUCUUUAUCAUACUAAUACGACUGUUUUGUUGGGACGCAGCCCCUUUCCCCGACGCCCCUAGGCCGGCCAGACUCCUUCUCUUCCCGCCCGGGGUUUGUCUGGCCCUGGGCCGGGUAAGCCCGGGUGGUACAAAAAUGGCCCCAUUUGGCCGCCGCUUCUGUCCCCGCAGCUCAGAAAAGACUGGAGGUUUGCUGGAAGCUGGGUCACGUCGCCACGGCCUGAGAGAUGGCCUUCGGCCCUGCGUGGGUGUUCCCGGGUCUCUGCUGGGAGCCGGUGCAGGGGGUGUGUGUGCUGUCUGCAGGAUGGGGUGCAAGGAGAGGAGGCAUGGGACGCAGGCUGCGGAGUCGUGGCGGGGCUGGGCGGCACAGAGGUGCAGCCGAAUUGGGAGGGAUCCUGGGGUUUCCCUGGCUUCUCGCUACAGUGCCCCAGACGGGGUUGGAGGGACUUUUGCCGGAGCGCAGGAAGCCUGGGCACUCGAGGCCCGGAGGCACGGCCUGGCAAAGCGGGGGAGUGGGGUCGCGACUUUUCUCGGGAAGCACGGCCCGGCGCCCCAGAGGGCGGUGGGCUUCCGAGUGGGCAGCGGUGGAGGCCGGGUGGAAGGCGCGCGCCCCCGCGGCCAGU